GACGUGUUGCAAGCUGUAUAAUAUUUUCAUUUGUCUAUCCUUAACCUCGUGCGGGCACCUUUGUGAUCCCGAAUGCUGUUAGACCGAUUGCAGGUGGGAGAGGUGGUGUCUACAAUUCCAACAAUUGGGUUUAAUGUGGAGACCGUUUGCUACAAGAAUAUAAAGUUUCAAGUCUGGGAUUUAGGAGGGCAAACUGCAAUAAGACCUUAUUGGAGAUGUUAUUUCCCGAACACGCAAGCAAUUAUCUAUGUUGUAGACUCCAUUGAUACGGAACGGAUAAGUGUCGCCAAGGAGGAGUUUCAUUCUAUUCUGGAGGAGGAGGAGUUGCGGGAUGCGGUGGUAGUUGUGUUUGCCAAUAAACAAGAGGUCCUCCUUCAUGGUGGUCCCCACGCUAUGGUGGAAUGAAGUGCGCACCAGUUACAAUAAAUGUCGUCGGUCACGCUGGAGGCUCUGAAGAGCCAGCUGGCCAGAACCAUUCGCUUACAUCCUCCUGGGUUUUAAAGAAGUUUCUUUUUUUUAUGGGGGGGGGGGGGGGGGGGAGGGGGGAGAGGAAGGGGGGGGUGUUGUUAUCUUCCUUGUUGUUGCAAAGUACACCACCUACUCUCCCUACCCCAGCAGCAGUUCUGUUUGCGACGAGGUAGAGGUAGGUUGUGUGUCUUAUGGCCGACCCCACCCACAGUCUAAUGGUGUUGUGUGUCUGUUGACAGAGGAAAAGUGUAGUAGCAGAUAGGUAGGUUGCACUAGCAUCUUUUGAUUUUGAUGAGGAGGAGGGAAUAACAGACUCGAUUGACGAGGUGGAGGGAAUAACAGACUAGAUCCAGCUUCUGCGAGGGCAGGUCCAGACAUCGCGUGUGUGCAUUAAAAGAGAGUGAUAACAUCAUAGCAGUACCAUCACCUGAUUGCGAUCAGCAGCACCAUCACCUGAUUGCGGUCAGCAGCACCAUCACCUGAUUGCGGUCAGACCAGGCAAGCUGCAACACGCACACGCAGAGCAGAGAAUCAAGGGGACAAGUUCAG